GUCACGCAUCCGUCAUAGUGCUUGGCAUUAAUGUUAAUGUAAUUUUCCCCUUAAUAACUAAAUAUUAUUUUAUUAUGUUUAUGAAAUCGUAUCAUUAAAACUUUGGAAAAGCGUAUUAGCCAAUUUUAGAAUUAUAAUCUAAUCAACAUGAGUAAGGCAAAUCCGCUCUCUGGUUUACUGGCUAAUUACGGCGACUCCGAUGACUCGGACGAUGAGAUGGUUCAUGCUUCAUACGGUGUACCUAGUAAGAAAAUUAACACAAGCGUGCCUCCAGUAGGCCAGGAUCCUACUCCCAACUUCGCUGGUAUCCAUCCUGCUCCAAUACAGCAUUGCCCGUGGUCAGCAUGCUAUGACGAGAGCAGUGGAUUUACAUAUUAUUGGAACCAGCAAACAAAUGCUGUAACUUGGGAAGCACCUCCGGAAUACUUACUUGCUUUGAAGAUAGCACAGCAACAGCUGCACUGUGCAGGCUCAGCUGAAGUGUCCGCUGAAGAAUGGCAGUUGUAUCAGCAGGUGCUAGCAGAGAAACAGAAUACACAGAACAAAAUGAUAGCCAAAGCUGCGAUAAAUAGUCUAAAUAAGUCUUCCAUAAUUGAAAAUCCCAGUCUUCCUGUAAUAGAUAAUAAAAAACCUAAGACUGGCAAAAAGCGACCCACAAGCGAUGAUGAAGAAGAAAAAAUAGAAUUAAUAACAUCAUAUCAUAAUUCUGACUCAGAGUCUAACGAUGAAGCAGAAAGUCCUAUAAAGGUGCAACCGAUAGUGCCAAUCAUACAGCAAAAACCUGCUGUCAAAGUACAGAAAAAUGUUCACAAAAAGCAAAAGAUCAAACCUCAAGUAGAGUAUGGACCGAGUAUGCCACCUAAUUUGAACUACACCGUGCCCAUCGGACCUGAAUUGCCACCUAAUUUGGAGAUCACGCCUGAACCAAAACCACCAGAGAGAAAAGUGGAAAUUGUUGCAAUUGAAAAGGAGCCUGAGAAAAAAUCCCCAGUGUCAAUUGACAAUGAAGACAGUCAAGAUGAGAUUUCAUUGCUUAAGAAAUUAAAAGACAAAGCUAAAUUACUAGAAAAGUUAGGCGGGGAGUUGCCAUCAGAACUACAACAAAUAAUAAAAGAUGAAACUAAUUUGUCCUCAACUGCCUCCCCGAGCUCCGUGGAUAAGAAAAACAUUGACAUUGAUGAUAUGCUAGAAGAAAUAGAGAAGACAGAAUUUCUUAAAACAAAACCCAAAGAAGCAAAAUCCAGUAAAAGCAGUGUCAAUAACUCUCCAAGAAGCGAUGGUCAUAGAACACCACCCUUAGAAGAAUUAAAAACACUAUUCCCGAGCACCAAAAAUCAUACAGAUGAACCGAUACCUUUAUUUCCUAGUGUUGCCAAUUUUGAAGACACAAGUAAUAGUAAACCACCAAGUCCCGAACAAAAGCCUGCUCCGGAGAAAAAGGAAAACAUGUAUCUGAUGGAUGUUAAUGAACCAAUAGAGAAUGUCGGCAGGAAGAAACUGAGAAUUUCAAAUUCAGUGUUGCCAGAAAGGAAAAUUGAGAAGAGUGAACCUCCCGCAUACACAACAAAAUAUUCACAAUACAUCGAAGGUUUCUCCGACCAGAGAACCGGUUUAGGGUUCAAAGAGGAGGACAAGUGUGACAGUCCAAAAAAUACUAUAAACUACGGCAACGGGUUAACUUUCACUAAGGGGGAGACAUUGAACGAGGGCAAACAGGAGGAGGAUCUGCAGGACCUGACAGAUCUGAUCGGAGCCAAGCUGAGGUACCUGAACGAGCUGCAGCCGUGUGUGGUGACACCAGUGCAGGAGAUGCUCAUACAGUUGCAGACGCUGGUGUCGGGGUGGGAGUGCGGCGGGGUGUGCGCGGGGUACGUGCGGCGCUGGGCGGGGGGCGCGGGCGCGGCGCUGGCGCACCACGAGGCGGAGGCGGCGCCGCCGGGCUGGACCUGCACCUUCCAGAGGUACGCCGCCACCACACUUCCACACCUCGCCCCCAACUUACCGCCGCUUUCCCCCAACUGCCCUUUCUCACAAUGUGACAGCUCUACGCCUUAUUUAUAUAUUGCUUGUCUGACAAGCGUAAUUUACAAUAAGAAACUUUGCUUCGGCAACAUUGUGAGGGGUGGCUUCUCGGUUUUUAAUAUAAUGGGCAUAGUGUAUCUCUCUCCACUGCGUGUGUUUGUACGUGUGUCGUGUCGCAGGAGUGAGGGGCGCUACCGGUACCGGCGCGAGGCGGACGGUCUGCAGCAGUGGGAGUAUCCCGCCCUCGACAACACCGACAUGGACAUCUCCACCACGCCCCCGCACACCGCCACCCUCGAUACUAAGGAGGAGGCGGGUCCGUCGCAACCGCCGCAGCCGCUCCCCGCGCCGCAAGCCGCGCCUCUGUCGCCGCCCGCCCCGCCCUCACCGCCUUCCCCGGCGCGCGCCACGCCCCCCACCCCGCCCCCGCCGCGCUGGCACGAGCCCCCGCCCCCCGGCUGCGACGACACGCCCCCGCAACCACCGGUACCGGAGGCGAAGGCGGAGAUCUGCGAGGAGCUGAUGUGUUUCUACAACGACAUCGCCGAGCUGGAGAAGCAGGCCGAGCCCCCCGCCCCCGCCCCCGCCCCCUCACCUCCCGACCGCUCCUCCGAGGCAAGGGACAGGGCGCGGGAGAGGGACAAGGAGAGGGACGCCAGGGCACACAGGAAGAAGUCCAAGGUGAAAAUAUCGACAUCUAUGGGUAUGAAGCACAAAUCUGUGUCCAGUCUGGUGGCCAAGUGGCAGCAGGUGGCAGACGAGAUCCACUCCGAAUGAUGUCUGUCACCGAUCUCACCGAUGCCACCUAUGCCACCGAUCUCACCAAUGUCACCGAUGUCACCAAUGUCACCAAUGCCACCAUUGUCACCAAUGCUACCAAUGUCACCAAUGCCACCAAUGUCGCCAAUGUCACCGCUGCCACGAAGUAGCCACGAGAAAGCUGCACUACUGUUGGAGAUCGCAAACAUAUUUGCAAACAUAAAGAGCAUUGUGCCUGAUAAUUAAUUUCUUUAUUCAAUCUACAUCUAUAAUAUAAUAUAGUU